AUGAUCACGAUGCUUCUGGCCAUCUGCUUGGCUGCUCUCUGGGGCAGUGCCUUCACUUUUGCCACCAUCAGCCGCAGUCCAACCCUCUCCAAAAAUACCACCAUAAUUCCUGGUGCCUAUGUUGUUGAGUUUGUGGGCGGCCAUGACCACACAUCCUUUUACAGCAGCCUGAGGGCUGAGGGUGUCGAUGUCUCCCCGCGGAUGAACAUGUCUUUCCAGUUGUUCAAUGGCUCUUCUUUCUCCAUCACGAACCUCAGCGAACAUACCGGAGCCGCCUCAAGGAUUUCUGUCAUGCCAUCUGUCAGACGAAUCUGGCCUAUGCGCCGGUACCCUCCACCCAAAGUCCAGCACAUGAACUCCGCCCCAUUCCUGAAUUCCAGCGGCCCUGGGUUUGCUUCCAAGCUGGGUAACGCUGCCGCCUCGGGCAACCAUUCUUACUCUCCUCAUGUGAUGACCCAGGUCGACCGCCUGCAUGCUGCAGGAUACACCGGGAAAGGAGCUCGCAUAGCAAUCGUCGACACCGGCGUUGACUACUACCAUCCUGCCCUUGGAGGAUGCUUUGGAAAAGGAUGUCUGAUAUCUGGCGGCUACGACCUCUCGGGCCACAGCUACGAUGGCACCAGUGCUCCUGAGCCGGGUCCUGACCCAUACGACAGCUGUGACGGCCACGGCACUCAUGUGGCCGGAAUCAUCGGCGCCAGGCCCAACGAAAUGGGUUUCACAGGCGCAGCACCAGGGGCUUCCCUUUCGAUGUACAAGGUCUUUAGCUGUGAAGGAGGGGGGUUUGGAUCAACCGACGACAUCCUGAUCUCUGCAUUCAACAUGGCCUUCGAGGACGGUGCCGAUAUCAUCACCGCCUCGAUCGGUGGGUCCGGCGGAUGGAGUGAAGAGCCCUGGUCCUCAGCCGUUGGCCGGAUCGUGGAGAACGGCGUCCCUUGCACACUUGCCGCCGGGAACAGUGGCUCCGAAGGAAUGUGGACGCCCAGCACAGCCGCAGACGGCAAGGACGUGACUGCUGUGUCUUCUUUUGAUAAUGUGAAAACACCUUAUCUUCUGUACAAGGGCAGCUACUCAACCAACUCAACGUCUUCUGGACCAUGUUCCGCCUCCAACGCCUCCAAAUCCUUCGGAUGGUUGCCUAGCUACCAGCCCUUUGAGAAUCUGACGCUGCCUCUCUGGGCCACCAGCCACAACACGAGCGUGGAAGAUGAUGCAUGCUCAAGGCUCCCAGCGGAUACACCGGACCUAUCGAACUUUAUCGUUUUGAUACGCAUGACCACGGCCUGUGACACCUACGAUCAAAUGCGCAACGUGUCGGCCUUCAAUGCUCAAUACGUUCUCUUCUAUGGCAGUACCACGGACGAUCUCUUGGUUUUUGAGGACUCUUAUAUUCCUAGCUCCAUUUCUGGAGCAGGGGUAGUACUUCCUGAACAGGGUGUGGAGUGGGUAGACCUACUGAGCAGGGGCUUCGACGUGCGCCUUACCAUGACCGAUCGCUCAAACGCCGGGGCCGUUCACGCCGACGUCGACAACGCUCUUACCGGAGGAUUUGCGAGCUACUAUACGAGCUGGGGCCCGACAUGCGCGCUGGAUGUCUACCCUUCCUUAGGGGCUCCCGGGGGCAAUAUACUUUCCACUUUCCUUCUUAGCGAAGGUGGUUACAAAGUCGCAUCCGGCACCUCUAUGGCCACGCCCUUCAUGGCGGCGGUUUAUGCCCUCGUUGGUCAAGCGCGAGGUACUUUUGACCCCGCGGAGUUGGCAAGAUAUCUUUCCAGCACCUCCCGCGCUCAACUAUGGAACGACGGCAGUGGGACACUAUGCGGUCUUGCCCCAGUCAAUCAACAGGGUGCAGGGCUGGUACAGGCCUAUGAUGCGGCCUUCGUGACAACGCAUGUCAGUACCAAAGGUCUAUCUUUCAAUGAUACGGACAACUUUCGAAGCGCGACCUUCAUCAUUCGGAACAUGGGAUCUCGAGAUGUGACGUAUGAGCUCGGAAACAGUCCCGCGUACAGUAUGAACUCGCUGUCUGUGGAAUCCAAUUACCCGCUAUCAUUUCCCAACCCGAUUCUCGCCGCGACUGCGUAUCUGGAGUUCUCCAAAACUUCCGUAACACUCCCACCAAAGGCACGCGCCAACAUCACCGUGGAGCCCACCUUUCCGGGAGAAGCUGGAAUAAUGCAAGGUCUCCUGCCAGUAUACUCGGGCUACAUAACAAUCAACGGGUCCAACGGUGAGAACCUGGCCAUACCUUACCUCGGUGUGCGCGGAAGCAUGUACUCUGCUGCAGUGAUGACUGCCGAGGAUUCGGGGUAUGACCUCGAGGACUUCGACCGCCCAUGGGUAGGCAAGCAGUCAUCCUCGCGGGACAACUCCACCUUCACCGUACCAUACCCGUCCGUUGGUGACAUGCCGAUUUCAUCAACCGACGAGGUGCGCUUCAUGUACCCUUCGGCCGAAUUCGUACUCAAUUUCGGCACCCGGAUCCUCCGCGCCGACGUCAUACCCAUGUCGUCCAACUACACCGGCCCGACGACGACGGUCCUGGGCCUGAAGAUCGCAGGCAGCGUCGUCGGCUACCCCGUAGAGUACCAACCGCGCUCUUAUUUCUACGUGAGUUUCUCGGGGAUGCUGGACGAUGGGUCUGUCGUCCCCCAGGGCCAGUACGCGCUUGCCAUCAGGGCGCUGAAGCUCUUUGGGGACCCCGAGGAGCCUGAUGAUUACGAAGAUCUUGGUCUGUCCUAUUUCACGCUCAUCUACCAGGGUUGA